AUGGUCAGGUUGCUCAAGCGACAUGGUCAACCCUUUGGAGCCAGAGGCUGGGAGCAGUGUCGGAGGAUGAAGGCCACAGCAAUGAGCAGUGACACCGUCCAUUUCUGCACAGAGGAACAGUGUGUCUUCCUUCAGCCCCAAGGGGCAGACUCCACACCUGAAGCUCCUGCUGCCCUAAGGAGGCUGAGGUUUGUCCAGGCCACCAUUGUGCUCUUGGCCAUGAUCAUAGUCUCCUAUCUGGUGGCUGUCUUUGUGAUGGCUCUGCAGUCCCAAGGACCUGCGCCCGAGGCCCAAAGGCUUCAAGCCAUGCUUCUGGGAGACAAUGCAACUGGGCAGUCACCUGUGGAUCCCAAUAAUUAUUCCCACACUGACAAUAUCAAAGAGGUUCAAGAGGUGAUCCAGAUGUUUAAAAGCCACGUGGAGAAUUCCAGCCCCUGGGGAAGGGAGAUCCAGAUGUUGAUGUGCCGAGUGGAUAACAUCAGUUCUCAGCUCCAGGUGCUCAGUGGCCACCUGGAAAACGCCAGUGCUGACAUGCAGAGUGUUCGGGAUGCACUCCAGGCUGCCAGCACCUGGAGUUCGCAGACCCAGACCUCACUCCAAGGCAGCCUGGACAGUGUCACUGCUGAGCUCCAGGUCCUGAGAGGCCGUAUGGGAGGUGCUGGCAGCGAGAUCCUCUUGUUGAAAGAAGACCUGGAAAAUCAUACCACCCAGACAGAUGCUCAGUUCCAGCUGCUUAAGGCAAAACUGGAAGAUGUCAACAGCUACACUUCCCAGAUCCAGGCGUUCGGAGAUCAGCUGAACAAAGCCAGCAGAGAGAUUGAGACUUUAAGACAAGGAAUGGCGGACACUGAGGUGCUGAGUUCCCAGGCCCGAGUGUUGGAGAAUGACCUGAAGCAGGCCGUCUCAGAGCAGCAGCGUCGCCUGGAGACUGCCCUGGCUUCCCAGGAGCAGCUGCACAAGACGCAAGCUCGAGUUCUACGUGCGUACAUGGAAGGCUGGAAGUUCUACAGAGGCAACUUGUAUUACUUCUCUGAGGACAAGAAAUCCUGGCACCAGGCUGAGCAGUUCUGUGUGUCCCAGGGAACCCACCUGGCUUCGGUGACCUCUGGGGAGGAGCAGGCGUUCCUGACACAGGUCACAAGCAGCCGUUUCCACUGGAUUGGCCUCACUGAUGGCGGCACGGAGGGGUCCUGGCGCUGGACAGAUGGGACGCCGUUCAGCAGCACCCAGAGCCAACGACUGUGGGACGCGAAGCAGCCGGACAACUGGCGACACAGCAAUGGGCAUUAUGAAGACUGCGUCCACAUCCAGAAGAAGUGGAAUGAUAUGGACUGUGAUACCUCCUAUCACUGGGUGUGCAAGAUGCCCACAGGCCUGGGGGCGGCCUGAGGGCAGGCACAGCUGAAGGGGCACUCCAAUGGCCGGCAUGACCUCCAUGACCUCCUAGGAGCUUCCAGACUCAAUUUGGUCUCUGUGGCCUUCUAUGGGCCUUUUGGUUUUCUGGCUUUGUCCUGUUGUUUAAACCCUCCCCUGUGUCUCUCGUGGGACCUAGUGGGAUCAGUGACUGC